UGACUGAAAUGGAAGGAAAGCUUGGCAAGAUUACACAUACAACUCAUCACAAACACUGAACAAAAGAAAAGAUGCAGACUAAUUGUGAGGCAUUGGACAACCAGAGGGUGCCAGUGGCUGAUAUUGGCGACUCGUAUCAGCCCUUGCAAUUCCUCAACACCUUUAAUUCAAGCCUUUAUUGGCCCGGUACUGUAACUUGUAUUGGCACUCGGCCAUCCGUAAUUGUUGUCAUCGUAAAUACUAAAGUUUGUGCUACAGCUCUUGUUUUAGUUCUCAUUACAUUUCCUCAUGAUGCCACUACAUCACAUUUAUAUUCAUGUGUGUAUGUGCUGUCUUGUCAGGGUCAAUGUCGGAGGCAGACAUCUGAGGCCAACUUGCACGAUGGUCUUUGGCAGCUGACCUUGAUACAAAAAAUGUAUGUUGCACAAAGGGAAGUAGCAGAGAUGAUAAGAAACCAGCAGAAAGACAAGCAGCGGUCUGAAAGAAUUCUGGCCACCUAUAAAGCCUCCUUCAAAGAAAUUGAGCUACAGCGAGCAGACAUUAGCAAAGACAAGAACGAUUUUGAACACAGAUUCCUCAAACCAAUGAAGAUGUCAGAAAUUAAUGAGCCAGAGAAGGUACUCUACUACAUCAGGAGUAAGCAGAGCACUCAGUGUGACAAGUUGAAACUGAAGAUUCAAGGCCUGAAGGCACGGGAGAAGAGGCUCCAUCUGCAGCUGCAGGAGAAAAGAGAGCUGAGAAAAGCAGGACUCGAGGACAUUUUCUUGGAAGACAGUGAGCCAACCAUCGACCUCGAAGAACUCCAAGUCAAACGUUUACAAGCACAGCGCUCCCUGAACUCCCACAAGGAGAAGCUUCAGCAUGUGACGCAAGAGUGUGCACAGCUGAGCAGCGAUAUCAUGAGGAUGAAGGAGAAGUUGGAGAAAAUAGAGGAAGACAUAUUCCACGCUGAAGAGGAGCGUUCGAAGGCUGAGGCCCAGAAUAAGCAGCUGCGCCGCCAGAUGUCCACUUACCAGGCACCUGACGUCGCUCAGUAUCUGCAAGUCAAGGACAAGCACAAGAUGCUGCAGCAGAGUGUCCACACUUGGCAGAGGAAGAUGACCUCCAAAUCUAAAUUCUGGAGCCAAAACAGAGACUCUUCUGUCAACAGUGCAGAUGCUGGAGCUGCUAACGGGGAAUGUCCAAAUCCAGUGACGCUGCCAUACAUAAAACAACAUGGCAAAGCUUAGAUUUACAUAAGAAGCUCCCGCAUUCAUCAACUUCAACUACAGUUUAGUUGAGCAUUUACUGAGUUGAAAUAAAUUCAUUUAAACAAUUCA